CCUGAGCGUACGACGUACGCGAUACACGCGGACUUAUAACGGUGAAAUAACCUUCGUUUGGAGAGUGUUUGUGUUCAAAUUACAUAUUCCCUGCAUGUUUGCUGUCUGUAAAUUCACUUUCCUGGUCCCAUUAUGUACCAGGGUGACAAACCACCUGAAGACAAAUCCAAACAAAGUUCUUCAAACUAUGGUUCCUUGGCACAAGGUAGUAGCAGCAGCUUAAGUUUCUCCUUCAGCAGUAUGGACGACCAACCUUCUACAAGCGGCUGCAGCAGCGACAUGGCAUAUGGUGCGCGCAACAGCCAGAUGAAGAAGGAGAAGGUUAAACAGUACUUAAAAACACUCGUGUCCAUGGUUGGCCCAUCUAACCACCGCAAGAUGGGCACUCUCUCAACACUACAGCAUGUAGUAGACAGUGUCCGCAAGAUCACUGAUAUGAAGAGUGUCCCAUCGAGCCAGAUGUGUCAGAAUGAACAUAUCAUCCUGCCCACUCCAAAGAUUGACAGCAGACUUCUUGCAAAAUCUGAUCAUGGCCUCAUCAUCCUGAUGUCAAUGAAGAAGCAUGUUGUCCACCAGGUAACUCCUGCCUUGAUGCUGAAACUGGAAUACCCCACUGAUUUCUGGAAGGGACGUAUCAUCACUGACUUCAUCUGCAGACGUGAUAUCCUGACCUUCAACAGUAACAUGAUGGUGGACUUGGAUUAUGAUGAAUUUACCCAACAGUCAGAGACAACAGAAGACAGCCAAGCUGAUGUUGAGAAUCCCUCAAAAACAUUCUACAUAAGGUUUCGGUGCUUUAAGACAAUUGUGAAAGGGUACAAUCUCAAGCGACCAGCCAGUUUCCAGCCAUUCCAAGUGAACAUUUCUGUUACUUCAGCAAGCAAAUCUGGCAUAGACACGGCACCCAAACACAGGAGAUUGAUGAUGCUAAAACUAGUUGAACUGGAAUCACCUUACAAAGUGUAUGGUCAGCUGCCAGAACAGAGGACAUUCUGCAUGAGGCACACAAUGUUCUGUGCAGUCUCUCACAUCCAUUCCAAUGCUAUUCCAUUGCUUGGGUAUCUACCACAAGACAUCAUUGGGCUGUCAAUCUUUGAAGUCUUCCACCCAGAAGAUUUGCCAGUACUUUUCCAAGUCCACCAACAAGUGUUGGAGUCUAAAGGCAACCCAAUCAAAGAGAGCAGAAUGAGGCUUAAGGCUCGGAAUGGUGAAUGGGUUGAGGUGCAGACAAAGUGGUCCAGCUUUGUUGACCCUUGGACCAAGAAGCUCGAGUUUAUCAUGGGACAGCACACAGUAAUCAGUUGCCCUGCUGAUAUUGAUGUGUUUGAGGAAAGCUGCACUAAUCGCCGACUGUCCUCUGAACUACUCUCAGAAGCUCACAAAUAUCAACAGAUGAUCCGUAACCUUCUACAAACAAAGAACACACCAACUGAACCGCUGGAGAUCAAGAUUGAACCCCAAAUUACAAACUUAGCGGUUGAUCGACAUACCCAAGAUAAGACUUUCUUGGUGCCAGACAAAGAGGUUAUAAAGAGCAGGGAACCCAAGGAAGCGGGGAAGACAGAAGAGUCCGAGGAGGAUACAACUGUCUUCUAUAACCAGCUCAACUACUCUCAUAACAUCAAAAGGUAUCUGAUGAGCCAACGUGUCCCAGCAAAUCUGUUCAACCCUGCAGAAGGACUCCCACACGUCUUCCCCAAGUCGGAGGCCAUUCCUCAAGUCAGUGGAGGAUGCAUGGCUCCAAUUGCUGAGGCUAUUGAACCUCCAGAUUUCCCAGUCAACAUCAAAUUCACAAAACCUCCAAGUUAUGGCAGCAGUACAAUUGUGCAUGUGUCUGAGCACCGUGAGGAUACCAUUCCCAGCCCUCCCCAACCGGAGGCCGUGGAGGAUCCCAGCAUACCAUGGAGGGUCCCCAGCAUGAUCUUGCCCCAGUAUCCCCAGUAUCCCCAGGUGGAACUCACUCAGGAAGUGCUCAAGAAACACACAAAGUUUCAGGAAAAGCUACUCUUGCAACAAGCCGAGCAUGAUGACAACAUCCUCUUCCUAGGCAAGCAGGAAAAGGAUGACUUACGAGACAAGAAACGAUGCCUUUCAGACUCUGCAUCUCAGGGUAACGGAAACGAGCCAUCUCAAACAAAGAUCUCAAAAUUGGACCGCGGAAAGCCUGUUGACACCUCAGUAAUAUCUGGAGAUGUGUUCCCAACGCCGUUCAGCUUCCCCAUGCUGCCAAUCUCCACAGGGAACAUGAUCCCAACGAGUCUGGCACCAACACAGUCGCACCCGGUCUUUUCACAGAACCCACCUCCUGAGUUCUUGUCAGUGGGUCUCCCAGGGAUACAACAGAACAUUCCCAUGUACAUGCAGCAGAUUCCAAUGAUGCAGGUGGACCCCAACACAGGGCUGGCAACGCCUGUUAUGCCAUUGUACCAAAACACAGCUCCCAUGGAACAACCCCGCUCAGCACAGGGCAUGCAGUGGCCUUACUUCCAGCAGACAGGUGUGUCAUUUGUGCCUCAAGUUAUGGGGGGAUUCUACCAGACCCUCACCGGGAUGUUCCAGCCGUUUCCAAUGCCAAGGAUGAACAUGGAGAUGUCAGAAACACAGCGCCAAUCUACUGUGCCAAUCCCCACAUCUUCUGCGACACCCAUGCAAACAGGAGCACAGCUACACCCUCAGUUUCCCAUGGGAGAAGCUGCAACAGCACAAAAUGAUCUGUCAAGUCGUGUGGAGUCAAGUCGUCUCGACUCCAGCACUGGCAACGACACAGACUCCUCCCUGAUGUAUAUUCUUGAAGCAUCAAGCAGUGUCAACAACAGCUCCAGAGAGGACCCUACUUCUGAGUUAAAGCGAGAGAUUCCUCCAAAGCGAGUGAAAGCAAACAGGAGAUACAGCCAGCCAUUCUGGUUAGCUAAGAGCAAGUGGACGACUGACGUUAAAAUGCGGUAUCAACUUCCAAAGCGGAUCCUGAAAAAUGUUCUGAAGGCGGAUCGGGAAUCCAUGAAGAAACUGGACAAGGGCAAUGGCACUGUGAUGGAACAGCUGGAAGAACUUGUAACCUAUAUCGCCAAGAAUGAUAGGGUUAUGGAUGAAGAGGCAGGAUUCCUUCUUUUCGAGAACCAAACAGAGGACGACAAUGCUUCUGUGAACAGCGAGUCAAGUUCAUGUUGUUCCGACCAUGCUGACCAACUUCUGGGACUGUUGCCUGGCAACUCCAAAGGUGCUUGGCACCAGCGUCGUUCAACGCUUACAGAAAGCAAGAAGGAAAAUAGUCCAGACAUUGAAGAAGUGUAUCGCCAGUGGCGAGAAGAGUGCAAUGAUGAAAUGAUGGUGUCUGUUUCUCCGCUUGAGUACAAAGAUAGCAACUCAAGUGAUGAUGAUAAAAAUGAUUUGAAGAAAAUGGGUGAAAAUGACUCCAAUGUAUCCAACAACUCCAAGGAUACGAGUGACAUAACACUGAGUGACCAACGAAGCUCGGAAGAAGCAAGCAGCUCAUUCAAAGAGUUGUCAGACUGUUCAUCCAAAGAUAAAAAAUAUUCCUCAUGUGAGUCAGACACAGAGCUCCGUACAGAGUGUGCACUUAUUGAUCGUUUGUUUGUGAAGUUGCCAACUCAUAUGAGUGGACAAAAGGGCUCAAAGAAGCGGCUUGCAGAACCGUUCUGGCUUCAAGAGACCCAACACAAUGAAGACAUAGCUAAGACAUAUCAAUUAAGUGAGAAAAGUGAGGCAGACAUUUUGGGCCUUGACCUUCGUUCACUGGAACAUCUUAAACAGCCGCAAACAGUGAUUGACCAAAUGAAGGAGCUUAGUGAAUACACAUCUGGUGCGACACAGGAAACCGUAAUGGACGGUCCAUCAUUUAACAUUGAUGUCAGUGUGUUUGCAAACCUAUUCCUCCCAACCGGAGGUAUCCUUACUGGUGAUACAGAAGCCUCACAAGGCACUCAGCCAGUUGAAAAUGAUUUGAGUGAGGAAGAACUGAUGAUGUUGGAUUAAUCACUUGAUUCAUAUUCUCUUCUGCACACUGGGCUGGAUUAACUUAAUGGCAUUGUGAAUAACUUACUAACAUUGUUGAAGAUCCAUUUAGCUCUGUGCUCAAGUAAUUCAUUUGGAUUAGCAUACCAUCAAGGGCCUGUUCAUGUGGGGACAUGGUGAUGGUUAUCCUGUGACAAUAUAAUGAUCCACCCUCCCAGAAUGGUUAAACGUACCAUAUCAACCCACCCUUUGUCAAUAUGAAAUUUACUG